AUGAGCGUUUCCAAGAUGGCCAUGUCUAACCUGGAGAAAAUACUAGAGCUUGUCCCGCUGUCGCCUACCAGCUUUGUAACGCGGUACCUGCCGGCAGCGCCUGUAGGGUCCAAGGGCACGUUUGGCGGGACGCUGGUGUCGCAAUCGCUGCUAGCGUCGUUGUACACCGUGCCACUCAACUUCUUCCCCACUUCGUUGCACUCGUACUUCAUCAAGGGUGGCGAUCCGCGGGCCAAGAUCACGUACCAUGUGCAGAACCUGCGCAACGGCCGGAACUUCAUCCACAAGCAGGUUAGUGCGUACCAGCACGACAAGCUGAUCUUUACCUCGAUGAUCCUGUUUGCCGUGCAGCGGUCUAAGGAGCACGACUCGCUGCAACACUGGGAGACCAUUCCUGCGUUGCAGGACAGGCAGCCGGACUCUCACGAGUACGAAGAGGCCUCGUCGCUCUUCGAAAGAGAGGUCUUGAGCCCGGAGAAGCUCAGCCGCUAUGCCUCGCUGUCCGACAGGUUCCAAGAUGCAGCUGAGAUGAGCAAGUACGUGGACGCUUUCCAGUACGGUGCCAUGGAGUACCAGUUCCCCAAGGAUAUGUUCUACUCUGCAAGACACACGGACGAGCUAGACUACUUUGUUAGGGURAGACAGCCCAUCACGACAGCAGAGCAGGCGGGCAACGAGUCGUCCCUGCAGACCCACCACCCGCACCGGAUUCCGAAGAGCAUCUCCCCAGCAAACGACGCCCGCUACAACUACGUGGCCUUCGCGUACCUGUCAGACUCGUAUCUCCUGCUCACGAUCCCCUACUUCCACGGCCUGCCGCUGUACUGCCACAGCUUCAGCGUCUCGCUGGAUCACACGAUCUACUUCCACCAGCUGCCCCACGUGAACGACUGGAUCCACCUCAAAGUAGCCAACCCGCGGUCGCACUGGGACAAGCACCUCGUGCAGGGCAGGUACUUCGACUCCCGCACGGGCCGGAUUGCAGCAAGCGUCUCCCAGGAGGGCUACGUCGUCUACGGUGCCGAACGUGACAUCCGGGCCAAGUUCUGA